AUGGCGGAUCCGUACGUUGUCGGUUGGAUUUUGUGCUCAGUUCUGAGUCUCUUCGCUCUCUACAGCCUCACCUGCGGCGGAGCCAGCCGUCGUCGCGCUUCGCCGGAGAAGAGGAUCGAGUUGUCCGAAACCGUUACCACCUCCGCCGAUGAAUGCAGAUCGAAGAAACGCGACGGUGACGCUGACGUCAUUAUAGUCGGAGCCGGUGUAGCCGGCGCAGCUCUGGCGCACACUCUCGGGAAGGAUGGGCGUCGAGUACACGUCAUAGAAAGAGAUCUGAGUGAACCUGACCGAAUUGUUGGAGAGUUGCUACAACCAGGUGGCUAUCUCAAAUUGAUCGAGUUGGGGCUUGAAGAUUGUGUAGAUAAAAUUGAUGCGCAGCAAGUGUUUGGUUAUGCUCUUUUCAAGGAUGGGAAACAUACUCGUCUUUCUUACCCCUUGGAGAAGUUUCACUCAGAUGUCUCUGGUCGGAGCUUUCACAAUGGUCGCUUUAUUCAGAGGAUGCGGGAGAAGGCUUCCUCCCUUCCCAAUGUGCGAUUGGAGCAAGGAACAGUCACUUCCCUAGUUGAAGAGAAGGGGACAAUUAAAGGUGUGCAAUAUAAGAACAAAGAUGGUCAGGAAUUGACAACAUUUGCACCUCUUACCAUUGUUUGUGAUGGCUGCUUCUCAAACUUACGCCGUUCUCUUUGUAAUCCCAAGGUGGAUGUUCCCUCAUGUUUUGUUGGUUUAAUUUUAGAGAACUGUGAGCUUCCAUGUGCAAAUCAUGGCCAUGUUAUACUGGGAGACCCUUCACCAAUUCUAUUCUAUCGUAUAAGUAGUACAGAGAUUCGCUGUCUUGUCGAUGUACCUGGUCAGAAGGUUCCUUCUAUUUCAAACGGUGAAAUGGAAAAGUAUUUGAAGACAACAGUAGCUCCACAGAUUCCCCCUGAACUUCAUGAUGCCUUCAUAGCUGCUGUGGACAAGGGCAACAUAAGGACAAUGCCAAACAGAAGCAUGCCCGCAGAUCCUCAUCCUACACCUGGAGCGCUUCUGAUGGGAGAUGCAUUCAACAUGCGGCAUCCACUAACCGGAGGCGGAAUGACUGUAGCAUUAUCUGAUAUUGUGGUGCUAAGAAAUCUUCUAAGGCCCUUGCCUGACCUGAAUGAUGCACCCACACUCUGCAAAUACCUAGAAUCCUUUUAUACCUUGCGUAAGCCUGUGGCAUCCACCAUAAAUACAUUAGCAGGUGCCCUUUACAAGGUUUUUUGUGCAUCCCCUGAUCAGGCAAGGAAGGAAAUGCGCCAAGCGUGCUUUGAUUAUCUAAGCCUUGGAGGCCUAUUCUCCGAAGGACCAGUUUCUUUACUUUCUGGAUUAAACCCUCGUCCCUUGAGUUUGGUUCUCCAUUUCUUUGCUGUUGCAAUCUAUGGUGUUGGCCGUUUAUUGUUACCAUUUCCUUCACCAAAGAGAAUAUGGAUUGGGGCCCGACUAAUCUCUGGUGCUUCUGCAAUCAUCUUCCCGAUAAUUAAGGCUGAAGGGAUUCGUCAGAUGUUUUUCCCUGCCACUGUUCCAGCUUUUUACAGAACUCCCCCGGUUACACAAUAG